AUGUCGAUGGGUCGCAAUCAAGUCCAUCCGCAUGAGUGGGAAUCAAUUUCGCUCGAAACAAAGGCAAAUACCGCUCCAGUCGCCUCUACAAGCAAUGACCUCGAUGCCUCAACGUCUUCCGGGUUCAGGCGUUUCCGUGAUAUCAUUCUCGAAACGGAAACAAACAUCGAUGACGUAAAUCUCUUGGAAAUUCCGGAAUAUCGCAGAGUAAAAGUUGUGGGACAAGGAUCAUUUGGCAUCGCUGUGUUGUAUGAGAAAAAGCAUGAUAGCUCACUUGUCGUCAUAAAACAAAUUAAUUUGUCGGAUUUGGCAGCAGUGGAACGUGAAAUGGCUAUGAAUGAAGUAGAAGUGUUCUCGAAACUUCAUCAUCCGAACAUCAUUCAAUAUUUCGAUAGCUUUAUACGACACGAAACCCUUUUGAUUGAAAUGGAAUAUGCCGAUGGCGGGACACUGGCAUCAUUAAUUGCGGAAAGAGAUCCAAAUAACAAAUUUCCCGAACGCUAUGUUCUCACAAUUCUCGAACAAAUAACGAGUGCCGUUAAUUACAUGCACUCGCAGAACAUCAUUCAUCGCGAUUUGAAAACAGCCAAUAUCUUCCUUAAUCAAAAGGGACAGGUAAAACUUGGCGAUUUUGGCAUUUCCAAGAUAAUUAACACGAAAAUUGUUGCGCAAACGAUUCUCGGUACUCCGUAUUACUUUUCGCCGGAAAUGUGCGAGGGACGUAAUUACGAUGAAAAAAGUGACAUUUGGGCGAUUGGAUGUGUCCUCGGUGAAAUGUGUUGCCUACAAAAGGCAUUUUCGGCGCAAAAUUUAUCGGAACUCGUACACAAAAUCAUGACAGGUCAAUAUAAUCCCAUUCCGCGAGGUUAUUCCGAUGGAUUGCGUUACUUAACUAAACUAAUGUUCAAAAUUCAUCCGCUUGAUCGACCGUCGGCGAAAGAAGUUUUGCAAUAUUGGAUCCCGUUUAUUCAUCGCAGUUUGGGAAAGGGAAACGGAUAUUCGUAUGAAACAACUCCCAAUACUCCGUCGGUCGAACAAGAAAUUCCCGGUGCAACAAUUGAAAUGGAAACGCGUGACAUGAUGGAGAAAAUGAACGAAUCUACGGCGACAAUGGACAAAAAAGUGCCUGUCGAACGCUCUGUUUUGUAUCAAUUGAAGUCAUUCGGAUCAAGUACGUCAAUGUUGCCGAUUCAGCUGCCAACAAGAGGAAAAAUCAAGUGUGUGAGUACGAGUGAGAACCAUUUCAUUGCUGUGAUGACUGAUGGUCGUGUUUUUACCUGGGGCGAGGGAAAUCAAGGACAACUUGGUCACAAUUGUGUCGAUACGUGGAAACAUUAUCCGACGAGAGUUGAUGCUUUGGAAAAUCUUGUUGUAGUUGGAGCAUGUGCAGGUGAAGCUUUCUCCAUUUUCUGGACAGAAGACGGUGUUUACAGUUGCGGCGACAACUCCAACGGAUGCCUGGGACACGGUAAUGAUGAGUUACAGUUACUGGUUCCAAAGAAAAUUGAACACCUGAAAAAUGUAAAAGUCAUCCAAGUUGUGUGUGGAACGAGUCACGUACUUUGUCGCACGUCCGAGAAUGAUAUUUAUAAAUGGGGCUCGAGCAAUGUCGGGGCAUUGGGAUUUGGCAAUCAGACGACGAUGCUACGAGUUCCAAAUCGAUUACUCAGCUCACAAAUGAUGCAAAAUAUAUGUGAUAUCAAAUGUGGACCUGAUUGCUCGUUCAUUCUCAAUAAAAUGGGAGAAGUUUAUUGUUGUGGCAGUAAUUCUCAUAACAAACUUGGAUUCGGGAAAAAUACCGAAAAGGUCACCGCUUUUCGAAAAAUGACCAUCUUCGGUAAUUCAAAAGUAACGGAUCUAAGUGCUUCCACAACUCAUGCGGCAUACAUUAUUGAAGGAGGUUAUGUCGCGGUAUUGGGCAGCAAUAAUUACGGUCAACGAGCUCUCCCAUUAGACGCAAAAUUACCUGAAGCUAAUAUCGUCAAAUCAAUAGACCGUCGUUUUAUCACUCUCGUAAAAUGUAGUCCGUCAGGUACGCUCGCAUUAACGGAAGAUCAUCACAUAUUAUUUUGGGGCACGCGUUAUGGCAUACCGGAAAAUGAUGAUGAUGACCCAAAAAAUGACAUUGAAUCGUUAGGCAACAGCACGACGGCAUUUACAAACUUUUUGGCGUCUGUUUAUAAGUCAGAAACUAUUGUUGAGCCACAGGAAAUUUUAGCCUGUUAUUCAUCGAAGGAUCAACUUGCAAAAGGAUAUUAUGUGUUAUUAGAAAAUGUGUUUCCGCUUCCUUAUAGCACUUUGGUACUUGUUGAGACAACAUGUCCUCUUGGAUCGUAA